AUGGACGCAGACGCACUCAUCCGCGAACGCUCCGAUGUAACGGCCCAGCUCUACGCAGACCCGCACAAUCCGCGCAGAUACCUUGAGCGAGGCCGGAUGCACGAGCGCCUGGGCUUCUCAGAUCUUGCGUCGGCGGAUGCGUACCGUGCUUUGUCGUUGCUCGAGUCUGUUGUUGAUCCGGAUGGGUGCGAGUUUCAGGCUAGGCGGCGGGUUGGGAGUCAGGAUGGUGAGGAAGGUGGGGACGAGGAGGGGGAUUUUGAGGACAUAUCGCAGGAGGAAUAUGAUGAUAUGGUCGGUGGCGUGUAUGAGUUGCUUGUGAGGAGCUUGGUUCGUUGUGGGUGUUACCGUGAUGCCUAUGAAUUCUGUGUGCGUGGGCUUGCGUUGUUGGAGGAUGUGGAGGGUACGGGUGCGGUGGACGAGAUCGCUGGGCUGAAGGAGCAGCUAGAUACACUUAAGAAGGUGUAUGCUGCUAAGCAUGGACGGAAAGAAGGUGAUGAUGGCCAGGUGGUGGUGGACUCGAGCGUGCUGAAUGCGCAGGGCUACGCGCGGCGGGUACUCUACCCGUGGAACACGCAUGAGCCUGAUCGCAAGGCGCCCGAGACACUGCAGUUGCUGAACGAGAGACUGAAGGAUGUUGCGCCCAAGUGCGAAGUAAGGGCCGUUGCGCUGCCCGCGUUGCACGGUACGACUACAGCCCCAAGCUCGGCGGCCGACGAGACCGCAGCACCGGAAGUUUCCAUUCAACUGGGUCUGUUCGCAAAGGAAGAUAUCGCCCCUGGGGAGAUCCUUCUGCGCGAGUCAUCGCUGCUCACAGCCACCAAUCGCCUCCACGAUGACCUCUGCGAUGCCUGUAACGCUCCGCUGCCGGAGCUCUCGUCCGCCGAACCCCCCGUCGCCUGCGACGGCUGCGCCGACACCAUCUUCUGCAGCCAGAAAUGCCACGACCAAGCCCAAACCGUCUACCAUGGCGCCGUCUGCGGCCUCAUGGACAACCUCGAGUCUAUCGGCAAGGAUAUCCCCGACCCAAAGGAUAAGGCCGAUUACCUGUACCUCCUGCUCCUGGGCCGGGCCAUCGCCAUGGCCGCAACGCAGGACGUGCAUCCGCUCGACCUCCCGGAAGUGAAGUACAUCUGGGGAGACUUCCACGACCUCAACGGCUUCUCUUUCGCAGCCACGGCAGAAGCAGGCGCCGACCCCACCGCAACCCUCCCCUUCUCCUUCCAGCUCAACAUCCUCCAGCCCAUGCGCAUCCUCGAGGAAAUGGAACUCGACCCCUACGCAAACCUCCCCCGCUACGACACCUGGGUGCUCAACACGCUGUACGCCAAAUUCCGCGGCACCGCGUCGGGCCGCCUCUCCACCUGGGACGGCGGGCCGGAGCUCUGCGCCGUGCAUCCGCUCUGGUGCCUGGCGAAUCACUCCUGUGAUCCCAACGUGCGCUGGGAAUGGGGAGGCGAGAUUACGUUCCGGGCGCGGACGGAGUCCGAGCGAGCGGUGUGGAAGGGGGAUGGGGCGCCUGUGCGGCGGACGGGCGAGGGGAUCAGGGCGGAUGAAGAGAUUCUGAAUCACUACUGUGACAUUGGGCUUGAUGUCAAGGAGCGGAGGGAGUGGGCCAGGGGCGCCCUGGGGGGUUUGUGUCUGUGCGAGAGGUGUGUCUGGGAGGCUUCUACGGCGUAG